UGAUGCAGCAGGCCAUCCCCUACGGCAACGGGAGGGCGUGGCCGUCGGAGGUGGACCUAACGUCGUCGGACGCGCCGGAGUUUGGAGAGAGCAGCAAGGGUGUUGGCGAGAUCAAGAGGGCGGUGGAGGAGAACCCGGUGGUGGUGGUGGGCCGGCGAGGCUGCUGCAUGGUGCACGUGGUCCGGAAGCUGCUGCUGGGGCAGGGCGUGAACCCCGUGGUGUGCGAGGUGGGCGAGGACGCCGACGAGGCGGCCCUCAUGGCCGGCCUGCAAGAGGCGGGCGCCGGGGACAGCGGCCUCCCUCAGGCGAAGGCCUCGGGGGCGGGGUUGCCAGCGGUUUUCGUGGGGGGGAGGCUGGUCGGGGGCCUGGACCGGCUGAUGGCGGUCCACAUCGCCGGCGAGCUGGUGCCCAUCCUGAAGCAAGCCGGAGCCUUGUGGCUAUGAACGGAUGUGGCUGACGUUUUCCUUUUCUUCUCGCUUGUAAUCAAUUCCGUGAUGUCCAUGAUGUAAUCUGUGACAUUGAGAGGAAGAGAACUGGGUGUGCUUCCGCCACAUGUAAGCCUGUAACUUUGUGGACGUCGCUCGUGCAAUUAAUUACUUGUCUGACAUCAGUUUUGUUCA